AUGCUAUCGCUGGUAAGGAUGUUCAGGUCAAGGUCUGCUCAGAAACACAGCAUUUGGUCGGCAUUUGGUCUCGUCUUACGUGACGUCCAGAAGACAAUCACAACUCAAAAACGUUUGAUUGAAUCGACGGCUAAACCAAUUAGUGUUUCAUUGCAUUGGAGACACAGUCAACACAAUCACCGCAACUCCUGUUCACUACUCACCACUCAAUCGCUCAUACAUUCAAAGUGUGCCACAAAUCAAUCCAAUCAAUUGAUCCGCAGAUCACUUCACACAACGGUGUCAACGAUGGCCUUAACUACUGAUCAAAGAGGACAAGAAAACUCAUCCGAUUAUCGCAUUUACUUCAACAAAAAUAUGAACUGA